CUAAACAGCUGAUAGAAAUAAGUGCAAAUAACAAUAUUAUUAUUAGAUUAGAUUUAGAUCUAAUCUAGAUCUAGUAUAUAAGUAUAAGGAUUACACAGCAUUUUCAGCCAAACAAAUCAGGGCCCAAAUGAUGCGUAUUUUAGUUAGAAUAUAGAUCUAGUUAUAAACGAAAAUUCAUCGAGUUUUCAAAUAUUUCCUGAAUGGCAAAAGAAAGUACUGAUUACAGAAUUUUUGGAUCAUACACACGGCAGCUCUACAAUAUUUUCAAAAAAUAUGAUGACAAUGACAGAAUACAGAAAUGCAACUUACGAAAGGCUUUUAAUGAUUUGCAGCUGUAUCCCUCUCACUCUCAAAUUGAUGAAAUGGUGCACUGGGCUGAAGAGUUUGGAAGUGCUUGCAGCUCAGUUCAAGAAAUGGUGCAUUGUGCUGUAGAAUACGGGAGUCCCUGUGAUGCUGAUUUUGUAACUUUUGGUGAAUUUUGUGUUUUGGUGGAUGAGCUUCAGCAUCAUUAUGAGAUAGGGGCUCCAGUGACCCUACCCAAGUCUCUAAUACGCAAUAAGAGUGGUGGCUUUUCUGUGCGUCGAGCAAGGAAAGAGAGUUUGGCCAAUUUCCAAGUGUUUCUUGGUGGAUCAUGUGGAUGUACCCACAACCCCACAACAUGGCGUCAUGAUAUAGCCAUCCCAUUCCUGAAGAAAGAGAACAUCACAUUCUAUAACCCUCAAGUCAAUACAUGGAGACCUGAACUAGUGGAGUUGGAAGACAGAGCAAAAAAUGUUGCAGAGUUACUUUUCUUUGUAAUAGAUAACAAAACAAGAUCAGUCGUGUCCCUUUGUGAAAUUGCUUAUUUAGUAGGAUGUGGCCGACAAAUUAUUGUUGUGUUCAGUGCAUUCAAUUCAGAAGUGAAGGAAGUCUCACUAGAGAAGACAACUGAGCGUGAACGUGAAGAUAUCACUCGAGCCCGCAAUGUUUUGAUGGACAUCAUUGAACGCAAUAGUAUUCCAGUCUUCUCUGAUAUUGAACUGGCCUUGAAGUGUGCAGCACUUCACCUGAAGCAGGGCAUCAAAGUUCAGGACUUGACAUUGCAGCAUGGUGCCAUGCCAGCCAAAUAUGGACACAUCCUUGUUGGGGAAGCUUUACUAAAACUUAGAGAAUCUUUCAACUCUAUUACUGGAACUAAAGAAGGAAAUAUGAAUAAAGAAGAUUUGCGUCUUGGCUACCGGUGUUACACAGGUGAGGAUUUGAGUGUUUCCUGGUUGCAGAACCAACGUCCAGCCCAACAUACUUUCACAUUUGAGGAAUUCUGUGCCAUAGUCACAGAGUACAAGAGAAAGAGGCCAUCUGUGGCCACAGUCUUAGCCCACAAAUUUGUGGCUCCGAUAUCUUGGCUCAUGGCUAAAUUUAAGGGCAACAAUGAGCCAUGUGAAAACACAGAGGAAGUUUAUGAUGUCUAUUUAGGUGGAAGUUGUGGUGAGGCCAACUGGCGUGAGGACCUGGCCAUCCCAUUACUUAAGAGGGAGGGUAUAUCAUAUCUGAAUCCUCUGGUGACAAAAUGGAGUGACUAUCUGAUCCCCAUGCAAGCUGCAGAGAGGGAAAAGUGUCGUCUGCUCUUGUUUAUCAUAGCAGACUGCACUAGGGCUAUUGGCGCUAUGGUGGAGGCUGGCUACUAUAUUGGAAGAGGCUGUCGUGUGAUAUUAUGCUUGGAAAAACUCAAGCCCUACACAACUAUUGCUGGUGAAGAGAUAACAGAAAAAGCUCUCCAAGAUUACAGUCGUGGGCGUAUUUACCUAAGUGACAUGGCCAGCCGAGAAGGGGCACCUGUGUUUGAAAACAUCAGCGAUAGUUUAGAAUCGGCUGUUAAAACAAUAAGAAAACUGAACCAUGCGAGCUGUUAGGUAUUAGUAGACCAGUUUUGUGGUUGCGACCCACUGACCUAUUUUUUAUGCACAUUUGCUAUUCAGCUUUACUGAAUGUUUUUAUCAGGUUAUUUAGAUUAAUUAAUAUUAUUAUCUCAUAUCAAUCAAUUCCAUAUUUAAAGUGUGUAUUAAUUGUACUGUUGCAUGUAUUUGAUAGUAAAUUCAAUAGCUAUAACUAGUAUAACUGUUUAAUUCAUUUUUAAAGUAAUUUGGAAAAAUAAAUAUGCUGCCAAUAGUAUUUUUAAAAUUUAGCAUUCAUAAUUAUUAUUAAAGAAAAUAACUGUUAUUAAGAAAUAUUAAGCUUUUAGUUUAUUUUGGAUAAACAUUAAAGGUGAGCUUAGCAUGUAGUUUCUAUAUCAUUUUCUUGUUUCUAUAUCCUUUGAAUUCCCUUAACCCCUUUUAGUUGAUUUUUUUGUUUUACACUAUUGCUAUUUAGACACUUAAAAAUAGAUAUAUUCAAAUGCUUGCACUAUCCAUAUCAUUGUGCACAUUUACUGUUUAAUGUUUUAUAUUUUGUUAGGAUAAAAUUGUAUUAUUGCUGUAGAAUUGCUAAGAGGCUCAGCUUUAAAUAGGCCAAAUAUACCUCGUUUUUAACUCGAAAACUGCACUAACAAGUGAGAUGUAUAUUUUUGUUAAUUCACUGUGCUUCAAAUUGUACGUUUUCUUUUUCAUAAUUCACAACCUUUUGGAUUUUUUAAUGGCACAUUUUAUUGUAAAUUAUGCAGUACAAAAUCUGGCUUAUAUUAUUGAUCACAUUUUCCUCUAUUUAACCCACUAUGGUUUUAUUUUGUUUUCUUCUUUAUGGGAAUUAUUUCUACUGUUAUAAAGUGGACAUUUUUUUUUGUCAAUUUAUUUCCUUGAUGCUCAUUUUUUUUUCAUUAUUUUCUCACCCAAAUAAAUAUGGGAGGUAACUUUGAAAGAUUCGUUUGCUAACUUUAUUAUCAUUGGAUAUUUUUAAAUUAUACUUUUGUUUGAAAUGUGUUCUGGUGUUACUAGGCUCAGGUAGAUGUUGCUUGUACAUAUCACAUUAUUGUUUAACAGAUAAACCCAAUAUUCUGUGAUCACUUUGUUUCUUUAAGAUUUUGUACCAGAAUUUUUUUAUAUUUUUAUUUCUGACUAUUGUACAAUAUGAAAUUGUUUACAUUUUAAGUAAGACAUACUUAAGAGCAUUGAUUAAAUAUUUCUGUGUCUCUUAGUAUAAUGUAUUUACCUCUAGUUUUUUUUACUAGUUUGUCAAA